CAGGUCAGCUCCCUCUUCCGACGGUCCCCCUUAUCCCCCUCCCUCCAUUAAAGACUUUGCAUGAACACUCGCAAGCUGAAUCGACCCUUCAGUCAUGGCGCUCCGGGCAGCUCUCUCACUUCCCUCGGCCUUAUCAGUACAUAAAGAAGGGAAGGCUUCUGUUUCGUUCAGAGAAUCGAUUCACUUUGUAUCCACUGCCACGGCUAAGGAUUGUCGCAAAAGGGACUUAUCCGUCGGAACGAUCAGAGCACAAACUGCUACAGCAGCCCCUUCGGUCGAUGAGGCCACUUCACAGCAGAAGAAGACUCUUAGGAAGGGUACAGUGAUCGUUACUGGAGCCUCUUCCGGUCUGGGCCUGGCCACGGCGAAGGCCUUGGCUGAUACCGGAGAAUGGCACGUGAUAAUGGCUUGCAGGAACUUUCUCAAGGCUGAGAAGGCAGCUAAAUCAGUUGGCAUCGUGAAGGAGAACUACACUGUGAUGCACCUGGACCUUGCCUCACUCGAUAGUAUCCGGCAAUUCGCAGAUACUUUCCGACGCUCAGGGAGGCCGCUUGAUGUGCUCGUGUGUAAUGCUGCAGUGUACUUGCCCACUGCGAAGGCACCGACCUUCACGGCUGAAGGGUUUGAGCUCAGCGUCGGGACAAAUCACCUGGGCCACUUCCUACUCGCUAGGUUGCUGCUUGAUGAUUUGAAGCAGUCAGAUUUUCGGACGAAGCGGCUCAUCAUUGUGGGGUCUAUUACUGGGAACACGAAUACCUUAGCAGGCAACGUGCCCCCAAAGGCAAACUUGGGAGACUUGAGGGGACUCUCAGGGGGACUGAAUGGAGUGAAUAGCUCUCCGAUGAUUGAUGGGGGAGAGUUUGAUGGUGCAAAGGCCUACAAAGACAGCAAGGUCUGCAACAUGCUCACGAUGCAGGAGUUCCAUCGGCGAUACCAUGAGGAGACUGGGAUCACCUUCGCAUCUCUAUACCCAGGUUGCAUUGCCACAACGGGGCUGUUCCGGGAGCACAUCCCCCUGUUCAGGCUCCUCUUUCCGCCUUUCCAGAAGUACAUAACCAAAGGCUAUGUUUCCGAGGAGGAAGCAGGGAAAAGACUUGCACAGGUCGUGAGUGAUCCUAGCUUGGAGAAAUCGGGGGUUUACUGGAGUUGGAACAACAAUUCGUCGUCCUUCGAGAACCAGCUCUCGAAAGAAGCCAGCGAUGCUGAGAAGGCGAGGAAGUUAUGGGAGGUCAGCGAGAAACUUGUCGGGCUGGCCUAAAUGAAACAAAUCGGCACUAGACUCCCAAGAGAAGUAUUUGUGUGUUGAGACUGGAAUCCGAUUGUAACAGGAAACAGUGUGAGUGUAUCCUCUUGUAGAUGUACAAAUCUAAUACUGAGUGAAAUCAUAUGCCUCUCUUCCUAGUCGAUUUUGCUUUUCC